AAUAAGGAAAUGAAAACACUCAAAUCGCCACUUCCGUGUAAAACACAUGUUAUGAGUAACACAAUCUGAUAGAGUGGGUUAAUUUAAGGCAUUAAAUCACUCUGAAAGGAGGGUAAAGAUAUUGUUAUCAACACAAGUCAUACAGACCUCGAGGACAAUCGUUAAAAUGCAGGACCCUAAUGCUGACACAGAGUGGAAUGAUGUUCUACGAGCCAAGGGAAUCAUCCCGCCCAAAGAGAAAGAAGUCUCAGAGGAUGAUAUUGUCAACAUCAUGGAGGCCACCAUUCAAAGCAAAACCACAGAUAAAACAUUAGAGGAUAUGACGUUAGAUGAACUUAAUGAAAGAGAAGAUGAGAUUGAUGAAGAGGAAGAGAGAAUUUUUGAAGCCUACAGGAGACAAAGAAUGGCAGAGAUGAGACAGGCUCAGAUGAAGGCUAAAUAUGGAGAGGUCAAGGAAAUAUCCAAGGUCGAUUACGUCACAGAGGUCAACAAGGCGGGGGAAGGUGUCUGGGUUGUUCUACAUGUCUACAAACAAUCAAUUCCAUUAUGUAAAUUAUUAAAUCAACACAUAUCAACGUUAGCAAAGAAAUUUCCUGACGUAAAGUUUUUACGGAGUGAGUCUAGUGUAUGCAUUCCUAACUACCCAGAUAAGAAUCUGCCUACGAUAUUUAUAUACUUUGAAGGGGACCUUAAAAAGCAAUAUGUUGGACCACUUGUGUUCGGUGGGAUGAACUUUAAACAAGACGAGCUGGAGUGGAUGUUAUCGGAGGUUGGAGUUUUGAAGACGGACUUGGAGGGACCGCCAAAACGUGAAAUCCACGACGUCAUGGACUCGGCUGUACGACAGAAUAGACUGGACGAUGGCGACAGUGACGAAAAUGACUGGUGAAACACGUGCUCUGUGUCUGUGAACGACAGAAGGAAAAACUGACCUUUAUCUCGAAGUGCCCCUUUGAUAUGUUUUUAUGAAAUUGAAAAAUUGCCAAAAUCUGAAACUUAUAAAAACAAUAAAAGUAUAUGAUCUAACAUAAUUAUGAAGAAUAGAGUGCAAAGUAUUUACCAUCAACAGGGCUGUAAAGAUUGAUGAAAUAUAAAGUACUGUAGUUUAUUUUCAUCAUUAUGCAGUAUUUUAAUUACUUUUCAGAUUGGAAGAUGUUUUUAUCUGAAGUGAAUGGGGUAAAAUUUAUAAGAGUUGAACUUAUUAACACACUUUAUUUGAUAAUUAAAGCACAAAUGUAUUUUGUGAAAUGUCAAACAUCAUAAAUGAAGAAAAAAUGUGUAACAAUUUAACAUUAAACAUGUUAAAAGAGUUUAAGCUAUGGUGUUAAAUAUGUAUACAGUGUAUAUCAGAUCAGGGGAGCAUUUUCAUUUCACGCAUUUUCUGGAUGAAUAGAAACAGACAGUCAUAAAUGUGCAAAGCAAGUUAACUGUGUUGAUGUUUCCGGAAAGACUUGGAACCAAUGCAUAUUUUGAAAUUUAAAAUAGGCACAUUUGUUGUGAAUUACAAAAUAGUUUUUGAUCCCUUUGACUAAAUGCACCCCUUUUCCAGAUAAACUGCAUUUAGGAAAAGGUGGAAAUACUAAUUGAUAUAAUUAAGAAAUAAAUAUCUGUUAUUUCAUAUUAUAAUUGUAUGAAAGAAAAUUAAGUUAUUGAAUAAUUUUUGUUUUUUGCAAAUGCUCAGUAUGUUUUGACACUUUUACCCCUACUUGCUAGUUACACAUAUGAUGUUACAGUAUAUAAUAUGUAUGUAUGUUUGUUGCAGCUUUUUGUCAGCCAUAAAUGACAUUUUUCACCACCAAGUUUCUAACUUAGUCAAACAUUAUAUGUCAUGAUGCAUACUGUAUUCCAAUUAAAUGUGUAUAACCAGACAC